UCCAUAUAAAUAAGGAUGCGUAAAGGUAAUGCUCAUCAAUCCAGUUUGACCACGAAUAACGAAAUGAUGUCUCGAUUUCUAUUGUUUGCAGCUGUUCUAGUUGUUCUGUGUUCCAUCGCACAAGGUGAACUACUGUGCUAUUCUUGCUUCAGUCAAGGAGGAGCAGAUGACGCUUGCAUAACGAAUCCCGCUGCGGUUACCAAUAACCCCAUCGUGCAAUGCAAAUACAAUUACUGCACAAUUCGUCGUCUUGAGUACAAAUCAGACCCAGGGACCAUUUUUAGUUUCUUACGCGGUUGUGAAGAUGAGCCUCUUCCAAACGGGGAAAAUCACGGAGAAGAUAUUGUUGUGUGGGCACAGUCAUGUAACUUCGCCGACUUGUGCAAUGUAGGUGACGGUCUAGAAGAGAUAACACCAGAAAGUUUGGCUUAGAGGAGGCAAAGAUAAAUGUCAUCAUGAUACCUGUGUCCGCUACUUCUUUGACGAUUGAAAAAAUCCCCUUGGUCAUCAG